GAUUCCAGCGCGUUGAUUUGCUCGUCCAUCGCGGUCGUGCUGGCGAGAGCCCGGGGAUGUGAGGCUGACUGAAUCCCGCAUCAGGCUCCUUCAGCAGGGAGAGGAGAAGCGCCUGAGCGGCGGCGGCUCGUCCGGAUCUCGGUGAAGGCAGUGUGAUUUCGGCAGGAUGCUCCGGCUGUUCACGGCUCUGGUGAUUGUUGGGCUGCUGCUCGCCUGCUUCACUUCCUGGCUGUUUGACAGCUAUGACAGCGCCUGGCACCCGAAGCGCAGUUUACACCCGUCCAGAGAAACUGGCCCUCCGUACCCCGGCGGCCAACUGGAUAAUAUAUUUUGGUUUGUGCAGGUUUCCGACAUCCAUAUCAGUCGUUUCCACGAUACCAAGCGCAUUCCAGACUUUGAAAGGUUCUGUAGAGACACCAUUGAUGUGAUCAAACCUGAUCUUGUGCUGGCCACAGGGGACUUAACAGAUGCGAAGACUGAGAGUAAAGUGGGCUCUCUUCAAUAUGAAGUGGAGUGGCAGGCCUACCACAACGUCCUUAAAAGAUCACGAGUGCAGGAACGAACAAAAUGGAUUGACAUUCGAGGAAACCAUGAUGCCUUUAAUAUUAUUUCACUGGAGAGCGUGAACAAUUAUUACAGGAAAUACUCUGCCAAUCAGAAAGUUGGAUCCUUCCACUACAUACACAGAACUCCUUUUGGGAACUACUCGUUCAUUUGUGUUGAUGCCACUCUGACCCCUGGACCCAAACGGCCCUAUAACUUCUUUGGGAUUAUCAAUCAGACUCAGAUGGACGUGUUGGCCACCUUUAGAGAGGAGAGUCUGAGCAGUAACAACUCCAUCUGGUUUGGACAUUAUACCACAUCUACAGUCAUCUCCCCCUUCCCGGGAAUCCGAGAGCUCAUGAGUACAGCCGUGGCGUAUUUGUGUGGGCACCUACAUACACUAGGAGGCUUCAUGCCAGUACUGCACAGUCGACAUCACAGAGGCACACUGGAGUUAGAGCUGGGAGACUGGAUGGCAAACCGCAGGUAUAGAAUAUUGGCUUUCGACCAUGACCUGCUCAGUUUCACUGACGUGACAUUUGAGGACUGGCCAGCUGUGCUGAUCACCAAUCCCAAAGACGCCCAGUACCUGCACCCAGGAGUGGAGCCUCUGGGUCGCAUCGGCAGUUCCACGCACAUCAGGCUCCUGGCUUUCUCUGAGUCUCCAGUCGCAGCUGUGCAUGUGAGUGUGGAUGGAGUUUCACUGGGGAAAGCACUUAGCGCAGGGGGUCCUUUAUACAUCAUGCAAUGGGAUCCAACGCUAUAUGCUACUGGACUGCACAGUAUCAGAGUUAAAGUGGAGGACUCUGCAGGUCACUCAAAAGUUCGGGAGCAACAGUUCACACUGGAGGAAGACCUCACUCCCAGCUUCGGCUUCAUGCAGUCCUUCAUCCUCCUCACAGACCACUACAUCCUGGCACGGAUUGCCUUCGUGGUGAUAGUAUUACUAAACCUGGCUGGGCUUGUGCUCUUCAGAUUUAUGCCUGUGUCUUCUACAAGAGAACUGUCUUCUCAAGUGUGGAUGUCCCUGCAUCUUGUCAGUAAGAGCAACAUGUUCUUCUACUCUCUGCUGCUGUUCAACCUGUGUACAGCAUUAGGUCCAUGGUUCAUUGGGGAAAUCAUUGAUGGACACAGUGGAGCCUGCUUUGCUUUUGGCGUGUUUGUGGAUGGGCAUUUCUUCGAAGGAAGUCUGACCUAUGUCGUGGGAGUCAUACAGCUGCUCUUCUUCAAUAUGCCUCUCACUUUUUACCUCUGCUGGAGUCUUCACCACAGAUGUCGCGGCACCAGCUUCCGCUCACAUUUUUGUCGGCCGGGCAGCCGCUGGAGGACUCUGGUGAUGCACAUAGGCAUGCUGGUCCUCAUGAUCUGGCAGGCCUAUUCUUGCUACUUCCUGCUGGAGACCUAUGGGGCACUGGCUUUCUUCCUGUCUCCCGUACGUACCUGGGCUCUGCUCAUGGGCCUGCUGUUGGUGUACAGGGCAUGGUGGGGAACGCCUCCUAGUUUCUCCGCUGGCAGCAUGACCAACCGGCCGUUGUGACAGUGACAGGCCUUCACCUGUAUCGUUGUGACGGACUUUAUUUUGUGCCAAGCUCUUCCCUCCUUUCACCAGUCUUCACGGUCACCAAAUUGCCAAUCGUUCCCAAGACGUGUUAGCAUAGAAAAAAAAUAGUCUUUAGUUAAUAUGAAGCGAUGAUGGCAUCACAUGUGGAUGACGGAGCCGUUGCAAACCUACUACUGAUCCUUCUUUUGACACUAAGACACGUUGGUAGUUUUAUAGUCCGUUCUCACUGUUGUGAGCCCAAACAGUGUUGAAGUCCAGAUGUGUGUACUAGUUACAGUAAGCGUACCUAUUACUGUGAUAAACUGUGCAUUAUGUACUUGUCAAAUUAUGUUUGUUUUUAUUUGUGAUGAGCAAUCAAGAAAGUAAUAAGACUAUGUAAUUCUGAUAUACAUAAUCAGUGUUUCUGCAUAAAACUGCCACCACUCAGAGAGGACAGUCAGUAUGAGUACUCGUAUUGUUUUAAUGCAUAUAAACUACGCAUGUAAAGAGAGGAUGAGAUCACUAAAUUUGCUUACACUUUUAGACGAGGUAUGAAAUGUAAAGGAUAAUUUAAGGGAUAAAGCUGGUCAUUAUUGUCUAUUAUACAAUGAAAAUAGUUCAAAAAGAAGCCAAAGCAUCAAGCUUUGUAUGUCACCAAGCAACACACAGAUUUGAAAUGUGAAUGUGAACACUGCUCAGUCAAUCAGAUUAGAGCAGGGGUGUCCGAUCUUGCUCUUGAAGGGCCAAUAUCAUGCAGCGUUUCGCUCCAACACACUUGCCCAGAAGUUUCUAGUGAUUCUGAAGACCCUGAUUACUUUGGCUCAGGUGUUUUAAAUCAGAGUUGGACCUAAACUCUGCAGGACAGUGCUGAAUUUGACACCCCUGGAUUAGACGAUCAGAACUAUAAUGACCAGGUGACUUAUUCCACUUAUUAACAUAUUG